AUGCUCCUCAACUCUGUGCUCACCAGUCUUUCCAUCGGAUUUCUCACUUUAUUGCUCCGAUUUGGAGGAGCACGAGCUCAAGAAGUUGGCGCCGAGCACGUUGAAGACUACGGUACUACUACGGUGACUUAUUAUUGCGACGAAAUCGAAUGUUUUGAUGAUUUUUACAAUUUCAGACGGGUGAGCCACUCGAAUCCGAUGCGAUUUGGUGUCCGACUAAUCAAGUGGGCAAUCAGUGUCCGGAAGAGACCCUCCUCUCGUUCUACAAAUGUUGUGGACAUUUGAACAAAGAGUGCUGCUUUCACAUGAGAGUUUGGGUGAGUUUGAACCGAGUUAGGCAAUGCCUUGGGGUCUGAAAAUUUUAGAGUAGAAAGUACAUGUCUUGUACUCUAUUUUUGUAGUUGACCACUUUUUUCUACGACCAUUCCCCGGCGUUUUAUAGCGCUUUGAAAGUAAGAUGUGAAGAAAUACCUCGAUUUCUGGUUGAUCAACUUUGAGCGGGUACUGUAGCGUUCGGAGAGGUCGUGCUGACCUAAAACGUUCCAAGUGAAUCUGUGAUGUCUAGUAGACUAUUUUUGUAGUUGACAACUUUUUUGUACAAUCACUCCCAAGAGUACUGUACCGCCCGUGGUAGUUGGCGCUGAAAUUCCCACGCUUUUUGGCAGCCUCUCUUUCAAAAGCCACAGUACCCGUGAGAGUGAUUGUACAACAAAGAUGUCAACUGCAAAAUUGGCGUGCUAGACAUGCUUCAAAUUUUUGUCGUUGACAUAUUUUCUCUACCAUCGCUCCCUCGUGUACUGUAGCGCUUUGAAGUUUGCCCACCCGAAAAGUCUAGACCCAGCUAGUAAAUAGGCUAUUUUUUAAAGUGUUUAAAAUUUUAACUUGGUUGCAGGUGGUAAUAAUGAUAAUAGUGCUUCCGAUUUGUCUCGUCCUGCCCGCCUCCACCUUCCUGAUCCGUCGUCUUUUGUGCGCGUCGAGCCAGCCGCCACGUGGCAGAGAAGCGUCGGCGGCGGACCGAGUUCGACAGCUUCAGGCCGAGGAUUCGACGACGUUCCGGCGGGAUUCAGAUGACAUGGUCAUGCUCUAA